AUGCCUCCCAAGAAUAUCACAGCCGCGGCUAUCGACAUCGCUCCGCCGUUCACGCUACAGAACUUCCCACCGCUUCCGAAGAUCGCGCCUCCUCGCUUCGGACGACUCACCCAGCUCAAGAUCGCCUUCGACCGCUGCGAACUACCUCCUGCGCCCAGCUUUGAUCAACAAAAAGUCGGCAUAACUUCUUCUUGCAGCGAUGAAGCGCCCCAGUCACAGUCGCCAGCGCCAUCAUCCACAACUGAGCGAAGUGCAGCAGACCGAUUCGUGGGAACCUUCGAGCUGGUGGAAGACGUCCUGUCGCGUCUGCAGCUUCUUGACCUUCUUCGAGCUCGCGGGACCAGCACUCAGUUCCGCGAUGUGGUGGACAAGUCUUCCGAGCUCCAGACAAUUCUUGGACUCAAACCGCCGCAGAAGGCGGGUUACAGCAUGCCGUUGCUUGAAGCGGAAGCUGGGAAGGAAGACAAACAUUUCGACUGUUAUAUGGUGCGGCAUGAUGGGAGCGCAAUGCCAAGAUGGAUGCCACCUCUUCAUUUCUCCAUCAAAAUUGACCUCGACGUCGAUCGCUUCCAGCCAGGAUCGAUUGCUCGAGGAACGUGCAUUUCGUAUCCGCCACUCAAGUCUAUUCAUGUCGGCUUGACCUGCCAUUGUACGAAGGCCGAGUCUGCUUCGAGCUUACCUGAUCACGACCGGAUCAUAUGCGUCGGCAAGAACAACUAUGAGCUCACCACAAGUGGGUCAAAGCCAGAAGGCCUCACCUUGGGAGAUCUUCUGGACAUAGCUGAAAGGCUACGCAUCCGGCAUGUUCACUGUGCAUGGCAACAUAAGGACUUCAAGAGCAUUCCUGCCUUUCGGCCGUCUUCUAUUAAACUGGAUUUCAUGACAUAUCUGUCAACCCUAGUUCCACCGCCUGAUCCAGCCGUGGUUCUUGAGCUUCAGACAUUACAUGAGGCAACAUAUGGAGCUCCCCCUACAUUCAUAGAUGACGAGACAUUCGAAUUGACCGCGCCACGGCACCACUGCGUCUGGCCCAGUCUGCCGCCUGCACGGUCUGCAGCGCCUGCAUCAUACAUCACCAGUCGACCACCUUUCCUGGCCGAAAUACGCUGCUUCGACGAGGGCGUCAUCAUCGUUGGCCGCGAAGGGACAAACACAAAUCCAUCUCGACCAUGGUCGUGGUGGAAGGGGCCUGUGGGCUCCUGGCACUGCGCUGGAGAGCGACUCGCCGGCACAUUUGAGCUCUUGGAAAGCAUCCUUAAGCAGCUUGGAGUUCGUGACCUCCUUCGAGCGCAUGGGACUAGCACGCAGUUCCGCGAUGUUGUGGACAAGUCUUCCGACUUGCAGGUCCGCCUCGGACUGAAAACGCCGCCAGGUUCCUACCUUCAUAUGCCUUUGCUCGGAGAGGUCGCCAGCAAUGAGAACAGCAUCUUCAUAUUCAAAUUGAAUAAGUCAUUUCUUCCAUGGCCUCCGAACAAGUUCUCUAUCAAUAUCACUUUCGACAAAGGGCAGCUUCGACUGGGCUCCGUCGCCCGCAAGAUCCAACUCUGUCAUCCACCGCUGACCAGCAUCUCUAUGACAUGGUGGAUCGAGUGGCCGCGAGAUUGGGAUCCAGAAUGUUUCGCAGCGGAGAAGUACAUGCUCACUACGAGCGAGUCGAGGACCGAAGGCCUCACCUUGGGAGACCUCUGUGACGCAGCUGCAAGGGUGAGCGCCAAACCUGCGAGCACCUGGCUACCUGGUCGUCGUCGUCUUAUCAAGUACGCUGGCAUCCUAGUCAGCUCGGUGACUUUUGAUUCGACAUUCGUCAUAUCCUGUCCAGCCACCGAGAAUGAGCUCGAGAAGCUACAUGGAGGAAUCUACGGAGUACCAGAUACACACACAAGAUCAUAUCCGAUCAUUCGUUCGGAGCCUCUGGAGGAUGAGCUGGGCGUCACUGACACGGUCGUCCACGGACAACGGGAGUUUCUUGUUGAAACGUCGGAAGACGAUGUCGUCGAGCAGCCACAGAUUAGUGCCACUCGCUGUCCUGAACCGAAACCAUUCGUCCUUCCUCCGUGGGAACACCCAGACACAUCGGACUGCGAACAUCUGGGCAAAGUUAUAUUCGGCAACGGAGGAGGCAUCGAGCAGUGGACAGACCCCGGAACGCUCGAUCAAUGUUACGAGUGUAGCAUUUGCGCAACGGAGGACUGGUGGGACGAGACCUGGUGA